CUGCGCGGAGCGGGAGCCCGGCGCGGAGAGCGGCGAGCGCAGCCAUGCCCCAGGCCGCCUCCGGGGCAGCAGCAGCGGCGGCCGGGGCGCGGGCCGGGGGCGCCGGGGGGCCGGCGGCGGCCCGAGGGGAACGAUGAAGCGGCAGAAUGUGCGCACGCUGGCGCUCAUCGUGUGCACCUUCACCUACCUGCUGGUGGGCGCCGCGGUCUUCGACGCGCUGGAAUCCGAGCCCGAGAUGAUCGAGCGGGAGCGGCUGGAGCUGCGGCAGCAGGAGCUGCGGGCGCGCUACAACCUCAGCGACGGCGGCUACGAGGAGCUCGAGCGCGUCGUGCUGCGCCUCAAGCCUCACAAGGCCGGCGUGCAGUGGCGCUUCGCCGGCUCCUUCUACUUCGCCAUCACCGUCAUCACCACCAUCGGCUAUGGCCACGCAGCGCCCAGCACGGAUGGUGGCAAGGUGUUCUGCAUGUUCUACGCGCUGCUGGGCAUCCCGCUCACACUCGUCAUGUUCCAGAGCCUGGGCGAGCGCAUCAACACCUUCGUGAGGUACCUGCUGCACCGUGCCAAGAAGGGGCUGGGCAUGCGGCGCGCCGAUGUGUCCAUGGCCAACAUGGUGCUCAUCGGCUUCUUCUCGUGCAUCAGCACGCUGUGCAUCGGCGCCGCCGCCUUCUCCUACUACGAGCACUGGACCUUCUUCCAGGCCUACUACUACUGCUUCAUCACGCUCACCACCAUCGGCUUCGGCGACUACGUGGCUCUGCAGAAGGACCAGGCGCUGCAAACGCAGCCGCAGUACGUGGCCUUCAGCUUCGUCUACAUCCUCACGGGCCUCACGGUCAUCGGCGCCUUCCUCAAUCUCGUGGUGCUGCGCUUCAUGACCAUGAACGCCGAGGACGAGAAGCGCGACGCCGAGCACCGCGCGCUGCUCACACACAAUGGGCAGACGGGCAGCGGACUGGGCGGCCUCAGCUGCCUGGGCGGUGGCACCGGCGGCGGCGGCGGCGACAGCGCGCACACCACGGACACCGCCUCGUCCACGGCGGCCCCCGGGGGCAGCGGCUUCCGCAACGUGUACGCCGAGGUGCUGCACUUCCAGUCCAUGUGCUCGUGCCUCUGGUACAAGAGCCGCGAGAAGCUGCAGUACUCCAUCCCCAUGAUCAUCCCGCGGGACCUGUCCACGUCCGACACGUGCGUGGAGCACAGCCACUCCUCGCCCGGAGUGGGCGGCCGCUACAGCGACACCCACUCGCACCGCUGCCUCUGCAGCGGGACGCAGCGCUCUGCCAUCAGCUCGGUGUCCACAGGCCUUCACAGCCUGUCCACCUUCCGCAGCCUCAUGAAGCGCAGGAGCUCCGUAUGA